AACCAAGUCAUCACCACACAAUGAACUCUUCAUAAUUCAAGCAACUCACAAACAACUGAAACCAUCCAAAUUAAUCGUCAUGUCUCUUCGCAUCUCCCAAUCCCUCCGCCGCGCAGCCCUGCGCCCCAACCCAUCAACCCUCCUCAGAUCCCCAAUCAUAGCCCGCCGCUUCGAAAGCACCUCAUCAACGCCUCAACAGAACAAAGAUCUGCCCAUCCUCUACUCCGCCCACGCCAAAGUCGUCGGCGCCCGCAAGGGCCACAUCGAAGCAGAGUCCCUCAACGUCGAUCUCACCAUGUCUAAAGCCCUUGGCGGCCCUGGCGACGCAGGCAAGACUAACCCAGAGGAGCUGUUCGCCGCUGGCUACGGCGCCUGCUUCCAGUCCGCCAUGAACGCCGUGGCCGCCAAGGACGGCAUCACCAUGCCCACUGCGCCCAAGGACAGCAUCGUUGAGUCGACGGUGCAUCUUGUCGGUGACAUGAAGGAGCUUGAUAUGCAGCUUCGUGUGGAUAUGAAGAUUAUGGUUAGGGGGCUGGAGCAGGAGCAGUUGGAGUCUAUUGUUGAGAAGGCUAUGAAGGUUUGUCCAUAUAGUAGGGCCACUAAGGGCAAUGUCUGGACAGAGUAUACGGUUGUUAAGCUGGAUUAAUUUGAGAGAAGGGGAUUAUAUACUAGUCCAUCUGGACUUGUGUCUUUUAG